CGGAGAGGGAGGGAAAAGAAAAGGAUCCGACUGGGAGUGGAAGUGGCUUCUACGGUGGCCGGAGAGGGACGCACCGGGCUGGAGGCUGCAGGAUGAUGCGAUUCAUGCUACUGUUCAGCCGGCAGGGAAAACUUCGGCUACAAAAAUGGUACCUGGCCACCUCAGACAAGGAGAGGAAGAAGAUGGUCCGAGAGCUCAUGCAGGUCGUUCUGGCUCGAAAGCCCAAAAUGUGCAGCUUCCUGGAGUGGAGGGACCUCAAAGUUGUCUAUAAGAGAUACGCCAGUCUCUAUUUCUGCUGCGCCAUCGAAGGCCAAGACAACGAGCUGAUCACACUAGAGCUGAUCCACCGAUACGUAGAGCUCUUGGACAAGUACUUCGGCAGCGUAUGUGAGUUGGACAUCAUCUUCAACUUUGAGAAAGCCUACUUUAUCCUGGACGAGUUCCUGAUGGGUGGGGAUGUCCAGGACACUUCCAAGAAGAGUGUGCUCAAGGCCAUUGAGCAGGCUGACCUGCUGCAGGAGGAGGAUGAGUCGCCGCGCAGUGUCCUGGAGGAGAUGGGCCUGGCAUAGCCCCGUCAGCCUGCGGGGGGGCCCUGCGGACCGGGGGAAGCCAAGGCAAGAGACAGCACUUGGGGGCUGUUUCUCUCACCUCUCCCCCAGACCCCUUCUCUUGGAGGGACUCGGCUGCUUUUCCUCGGCCACCUUACCUACUUUAGAAGGAGCUGUGGCUCCGGCCCUUCGUACAAACAUUCCCUCCCUCCAAUUCUCCCUUCCCUCCACCCUCUACCUUUCCCAGUGAAGGCUUUAGGAGCUAGAAGGGAGGAAAACGUGACCUGGAUGGGGGUGCUCCGUGGCUUCCAUUUUCCUUUGAAGAAGCAAUGUUAACCCCAGCCGUCCCCCGUCCUCCCUGUGUCCUGUAUGGCUGUAAAUAUAUAAAUACGUCAGGUUAAAGGGAAAAGGUUUCCAGGGCUCUUUUCUCUCCUCUGCCCCAAAACCUACCUCCACGCCUCCCCAUAACCAGCCAGGGCAGCUUCUCUGCCUGGGAGGGGCUUUCUCCUCUCCAGCCCCCACUUGCUCCUGGGCUCCAGUGUCCAGCCAGAGCCAGGGAAGGAGCCACAGGGUUAAUGUUUUUCUAGCCUUGCUACUUGGAGGGAAGGGGAGGUUGGGGGAGAGGCCUGCUUUCUGGGACACUGACCCUGUCCCCUUUCCUCCACUCCACGGUGAGGGCGCGGCAGGAGCCAAGCAGGUGGCGUGGGCCAAGUGGCUGCCUUCAUCUCCUUUCUUCUGAAAUAAAAGGAAAAAGUGUUUCUGGA